CCAGUGUGGCUGACGAAGAGCUUGGGUCAAAUGCUGACUAAGUUCUGGAGGGGAGCUGGCAGCUGUGGCUGGAGAGUGCCGCGCCGUGGCGUCUGCAGCCACAGGCAGGAAGGCGACGAAGCUUAGGUUGCCUGGAUGCGUUUCCCUCAUCAACCAUCUAAGCCAGACGCCAACGGUCUCUUCCUCCAGUCGCCGCGCCGUUGCAAAAGCAGAAACCCCCUUCUUUCGUCCUCGAUAUUUCCCAGCGUCUAGUCAACCACCAUGUUCAGAAACAAUUACGACAACGAUUCCGUCACCUUCUCGCCGCAAGGCCGAAUCUUCCAGAUCGAAUAUGCCGGCGAGGCCGUAAAGCAAGGAUCAGUGGUCGUCGGAAUUGCCAGCAAAACACACGUCGGCCUGUUCGCCGUCAAGCGAAACGCAGAGGAACUGUCGUCAUACCAGAAGAAGCUUUUCGAGAUUGACGAGCACACCGCCAUUGCCAUCGCCGGUCUCACAUCAGAUGCUCGCGUCCUGUCCAACUUUAUGAAGCAACAAUGCCUGGGCCACCGCCUCACCUACGGCCGCCCGAUGCCCAUACACACGCUGGUUGGCCAGAUUGGUGAGAAGGCGCAGAUCAACACCCAGGUCUACGGCAAGAGACCGUACGGCGUUGGGCUGCUGGUUGCUGGCGUUGACGAGAAUGGCCCCCACCUGUUCGAGUUCCAGCCAUCGGGUAUGACGGAAGAGAUGGUCGCAUUUGCCAUUGGCGCACGAAGCCAAAUGGCCAGAACAUAUCUGGAGCGGAACAUAGAGUCAUUCGCCGAUUGCUCAAAGGAGGAAUUGGUCAAGCACGGAUUAAGGGCGCUCAAGGAGAGUUUGGUACAGGACAAGGAGUUGACGGUCGAGAACACAUCUGUGGGAUUGGUGGGCCUGAAAGAGGGUCCCAACGGCCGACCGAGCGUUGAACCUUUCAAACUAUAUGACGGCUUCGAGACCAAGGAAUGGAUCGAGAGCGUUAGCGAAAGCCAAGGAGGAGAGGGUGAGGGUGAGGGUGAGGGUGAGGGUGAGACUGCGGCCGCGGGCGACGGCGACGGCAUGGAGGUUGACAGCUAGACGACACACGGGAUUUGGAGGCGCUAUGAGAGAAAGAAUUUAGAUCAUGUAUCACUAGAGGCUGCUUGAACAGCCCGAAUUGUGAAACUUGCUACGAAUGAAGUAAUAAAAAAAAAGAAGAUACCUAAUCAUGACAUUACUCCCG